CGGGCGGGCGCGGGCGGCGGGCGCGGGAUGGAGGCGCUGCCAGAAUGUGAAGGAGCAGCUAUCACGUCUGGAGAAAAAUAUAUAUACAUAUACACAAGAUAUCAGAGUUUGAUUUGAGAGCUCCCACUCUGGGGUUAUAGACUGCCUGCAGUUUUCCAUGUGGGAAGGCUUUCCUGUGAAGAAGUCUGGAGAUGUCUGGGAUGUGGGGACAGCAUUGCUGCUGGGCAGCGCCUCCACAAGACUGUCAAUGAAGCUUGGCACAUUUCCUGUUUCAGGUGCUGCUGCUGCUGCUGAGCACAGGAGAAGAUGGUUAUAGCGAUGGGAGCCAGGAAAAAUCUGAAAAGGAAUGAGCAGCCGAGAAACCUGGCAUUCCUUGAGCAGCUUCAAAGGGAGGUGAAGUAUCUGAAUCAGCGCAAGAGUAAAUGAGCACUGGCUGCUGCCAUGUUGGCAGAACAGAGCUGUUCAGAGGCUGUUGGACAAGUUUGUGGCUGAUCCGGUUUAUCCAGUGUUGAAGAUGGGAAGUUACUUGUCUGCUCCAGCUUACUUCGCUCCCAAGGAUCCCUUUCGGUGCUCUGAAUGCCAGGAUGCCCUCACUAACUGGUACUAUGAGAAGGAUGGGAAGCUGUACUGUCACAAAGACUACUGGGGGAAGUUUGGGGAAUCUUGCCAUGGCUGCUCUCUGCUGAUGACUGGACCUGUGAUGGUGGCUGGUGAAUACAAGUAUCACCCCGAGUGCUUUGCUUGUAUGAGCUGCAAAGUGAUCAUCGAAGAUGGAGACACUUAUGCACUGGUGCAACAUUCCACUCUCUACUGUGGAAAAUGCCAUAACCAGAUUGUGCUGACACCGAUGAUAGAAAAGCACUCCACUGAGUCUCUGCGUGAGCAGCUGCCUUAUACACUGACCCUCAUCUCCAUGCCAGCAGCCACAGAUGGCAAGAGGGGGUUCUCUGUGUCUGUUGAAGGUGGCUGCUCCAGCUAUGCCACUGGUGUCCAGGUGAAAGAAGUUAACAGGAUGCACAUCAGCCCAGAUGUCCGAAACGCCAUCCACCCUGCAGAUCGUAUCCUGGAGAUCAAUGGAGCUCCUAUUCGCACGUUACAGGUGGAGGAGGUGGAGGAACUGAUUCGCAAGACAAGCCAGACCCUUCAGCUGCUGAUAGAGCACGACCCUGUGUCGCAGCGCUUGGACAGGCUUCGCUUGGACUCGCGUCUUCCCACGCACAUAAAGACACCCAUGUCCCCACGCUCCCUGUCUCCCCUGGACAUCAAGGAGAACCUGGAAGGAACACUCCGACGACGCUCCCUCAGGCGAAGUAACAGCAUUUCUAAGUCUCCUGGCCCCAGCUCUCCAAAGGAACCGCUCCUCCUGAGCCGUGACAUCAGUCGUUCUGAAUCCCUGCGCUCCUCUUCCAGCUGCUCCCAGCAAAUCUUCCGGCCCUGUGACCUGAUUCAUGGUGAAGUUCUAGGAAAAGGAUUUUUUGGACAAGCAAUCAAGGUGACUCACAAAGCAACAGGAAAGGUGAUGGUGAUGAAGGAGCUCAUUCGUUGUGACGAGGAAACACAGAAGACUUUCUUGACAGAGGUGAAGGUGAUGCGCAGCCUGGACCACCCCAAUGUGCUGAAGUUCAUUGGUGUGCUGUACAAGGACAAGAAGCUGAAUCUCCUCACCGAGUACAUUGAGGGGGGCACGCUGAAGGACUUCCUCCGCAAUGCAGACCCAUUCCCCUGGCAGCAGAAGGUCAGCUUUGCCAAAGGGAUUGCCUCUGGAAUGGCUUACUUGCACUCCAUGUGCAUCAUUCACAGAGACCUGAAUUCACACAAUUGCCUGAUCAAGCUGGAUAAGACAGUGGUGGUGGCUGACUUUGGUCUGUCUCGGCUGAUUGUGGAGGAGAGGAAGAAGCCCACGUUGGAGAAACCAUCUGCCAAGAAACGGACGCUGCGCAAGAGCGACAGGAAGAAGCGCUACACAGUGGUUGGGAACCCGUACUGGAUGGCCCCAGAGAUGCUGAAUGGACAGAGCUACGAUGAGAUGGUGGACAUUUUUUCAUUUGGGAUUGUUCUCUGUGAGAUCAUAGGCCAGGUUUAUGCUGACCCAGACUGUCUCCCACGCACACUGGAUUUUGGCCUUAAUGUCAAGCUGUUCUGGGAGAAGUUUGUUCCUGCUGAUUGUCCUCCAGCCUUUUUCCCUCUGGCUGCUAUUUGCUGCAGACUGGAACCAGAGAGCAGGCCCCCUUUUUCCAAGCUGGAAGACUCCUUCGAAGCUCUCUCUCUGUACCUGGGAGAACUUGCCAUCCCCCUUCCAUCUGAGCUGGAGGAGCUGGACCACAAUGUGAGUGUGCAGUAUGGACUGAACCGUGACAAGCUACCUGAAAACACAACCUAGUCUGCUCGUCCUGCUGCCUGCAUCACUUCCAUUGGAGCUGGGAUGAGCGUCAGGGAGGGAGAUGCACUUCAGCCACUUCCAGGGCAUUAACAGGGCACCACACUGUGCAUCUGCUGCACUGCCUCUCUCUCCCCACCCAGCUUCCCUUCUCUUGGAUAUCCUGAUUCACUGUGGAUUUCUGGCAUGUUUCAGAAGCAAAAAGGACCAUCUUCUGCCAGCUGCACCUAGAAAAGCCUCUGAACACUAUAUUUCUGGCUUGAGAAAUACUUCUCUGGCCUUUUCAGGCUUCUUUACUGUGGUGCCUUAGAACUUGGCUGCAAGCUGUGAAGCUACCCUGGCCUGUCUGCCAGGGAGGGAAUUGCUAUAGGAGACUCUCCUAGGUAAGGACCAGCACUUCUGGAACAGCUUCUCCCACUGACUGCCCUGCCCAGAAAGCUGGGGAAAUCGGACAUCCAGCAACAUGUCCCACCACGACAGCCCAUGUAUGUAUUUGCAUGUGUUUCCCAGAACAGCCCACUGAGAUUUUGGCCUCUGACAUGCAUCAGAGGAAGGAGUAAAAAGCCCCAGGAGUUGGGCAGCUCUCCUGAAAUACUUUGUCUAUGGGGAAGCACAUAUGAAUUGUUGUUUUGGUUUUGUGGGCUUUUAUUCCUUCUCUGUCUCUGAAUACCUCCAAAAGCCUGCCUAGAAACACUAAGACUGAGCUCUGCUUGCCCCUCCUGAUGGCAAAUGAGGCAGGCAGCAAAUGAGCCACUGGAGCCACUGAAGACCCUGCGCCUGCAGUGAGUUUGCCUGCCCAAAACCUUAACCUGGGUGAAAGUAUUUGAACCUGAAUGUGUAGUUCUGCACUAGGCACUGGGUGUGGACAUUCCUGAGUGCUUGAGCUCUUGGCCUGUGGAUGUGAGGUGAUAGAAACGGCGGCAGAAGGUGCUUGUCAGAAAGCCAAAGGUUUGAAGUGGCUCAGACCUUGGGCAUGGACAGUGGCAAAAGGGGACUUGCCCAAGGUUAAUUAAAGAAUGGACUUGUCAUGAAUAGAAAAGUGAUGGAGAAAUGUCCCAUCCUCCCUGGAGUGGCAGCUGGAGAACUAAUAAUUCAGUUGCCACUACCUCAUCCUUUCCUGCAGAUUGUGCAAGUUGCUCCCUUUGAAGGUCCUUCUUGCAGCUGCUGCUGCAGCACCUGAGCUGAUUCUCCAAACAGAAUUUUUCCUCAUUCCAUGCUCUGGGGGGAAAAAAAAGGUCUUGGAGUCAUUGGGAGGUGGGUAGAGGUAUAUUUUCUUCCAGUACUUCUCUUCUUCCUCCCUUGGUGGAGGGGGAAGGAAGAAAGCUACUGCUGCAGUAGCUUACGUGGUUGGCAGAACUGAACAAAAAUCUGGAUCAAGUUCUGCUCAUCUCACAAACAUCACGGUUUAACUGGAUUUUUAGUGUGCUCCUUUUCCCCUCCUCCUCCCUUCAGCAUGGAGGUGGGGAAUGGGUGUUAGUCUUUGCUGAUUAUUUGGUUUCCUCCCCCUACCCAUGAGUUUAAAGUAUUAUGUAAAGUAACAUGGGACCAGCCAUCACCUGAUAUCAGGUAUGCAAGGGGGGUGUUUUUAGUCUGUGUAGUGGUGUUUUAGAAACACUGGGGACUCCCUGCGCUGUGAGUCAGGCAGGAGCCUCUCUAAACUGGGUCCAGUGGAUCCAGGAUUGUUAAUAGGAUUUGCCCUUUCAUUCCCCCUCCCAGGCUGGUUUGUGAGGGGACCCCUGAAGGGAGAGUCCUGGGUGAUGUGUGGGUGGGGUUUAUGAACUGUGAUUUGCACAGCUCCAUGUUCUAACUAAAUUAAAAAGCAGUAACUGUAUGCUAUUGAGAACAAGAUUUUGUGGUCUCUGUGAAAUAAAGCCGGAAGCUGUAACUUUCUCGGGUUUCUAUUGUAGUCACAAAAUGGCAACAUCAAAACUGCCCAGAUGAGGUACCAUCUAGAACACCCUUUUUGAGUCAGUGAACUCUGCCACAUUCACAGAACUGCAGAAAUCACAGUGCAGUGCUCUGUAGGACUAUUUACCUGGAAUGAGGGAAAGGCAAGAAGUUCUGUUCAUUCAUUGGUUGGUUUUUAAGGGUGGACCAGAGUCAGUAGAUCAUGGAGCCUCUCUCCAUUUUCCUUUUCUAACCAAGGGAUAAAAAUACAGCCUGUCCUUGGAAAUAUCUCAUUCUGAAAUAUGUAGUUCAGGGGACAUUUGUGUUAAGAGAACAACUGAACCAAGAUGCUGGCUCUGGUAGUGCCUCCUGUAAGCUGCUGUGCUCUGUCUCCAUUGCAGCUCUCAAGGGAUGGAGCUGCUGUUGAGCAGCACCAAAGCAGAACUGACCCAGGUCAGCGCAGGAAGGGGCUGUAACCAAGAGUGUGUUCUCAUGGGCCAGCCUGCUGAGUCACCUGCAGCUCACACCCCCACAGCUGCUUUUCAGGAACAGUGUCCCAGUCCAAGAGCAGCUGCUGGCAGCAGGGAGACAAGCUCCAUGUCCCUUGUCAGUGCUGGUGAGUGCAGGC